GAGCUGUACUCGAAGCGAAGUAUAGGAAAGGUAAUUACAAUUUUUAAAUUUUAUUGCCCGGGGGGCAGAACCUAGUUGGUUCUUUUAGGCCUAGGUGGCCGUUUUGACCUAGGUGGUCAAUAUUUUCACAUACCUGAGUGGUAUGAAUUUUCGGCCUAGGUGAGCCGUAAUUGUUAAAAAAAAAAAAAAAAUAAGUUAUUGUAAUGAACCUAGGUGGUUUACUGACAAAAUAUGUGUAAAGCUAUUGCAUGACAUAUAACCUUUUAGUGAAAGGGGUAGCAUAUAUAUAAAGAAUAGCUUUGAGACACGUUUGCAGAUUCUCGAGGCGGCAAGCUGCACGUGCGGUUUAUGAUUUUGUUAGCUAGACCAGAUGAUGCAUGAUAAAUGAAUUGAAGUUUGAACUUGUUUGUCCAUCAUUAAGUUAUAAAGAAUUUACGGGACUAUAUUUGAACAUAUGUUAGUAUAAUAUAUCUAUCAAAAAACCGAGAUAACUUAGUUAUUAAGUUAUAUUAGAGUUAUCCCGCUUGAUGCGUACAUGCGUGAUAUUUUAUUUUCGUAUACAUUGGUUAUAGAUGGUGCAGCCUACUGUCUUACGGAAGAGACAUUCAUUGAAGGGGUUGAAGCUCUUACCUGUCAUUAAGAAGGUCAAAGGAGGAAGACCAGAGGGUCUGAAAGAAUUUGCGCGCAUGUCUAAGGAAAAAAAGACAGACGUCUUAGAGUUGGAAGAGAUAGAGAAUAUAGUCAACUCAUUGACAGGGGAAAACAUGAUUGAGCUGUUGGAACUAGCUGGAAGAGAUAUUGAUGUUAACGAGGCAAGAUGGUUAUUGCAUUGCUUGAUAAUUUUUGCAAAUGAAGUGGGGCAACCAAGAGGCCAGGCAUUAGAUGAUUCAACGGACCCUAGCACUAGUGCAUCCACAGGGGGAAGCAGUACACCAGUACCUUUAGAAACUGCAGGACCUUCAAAAAAAAGGAAGCAUGAUGUUGAUACAACCUUGGAGGAGAGGAUUUUGUCUUUGGAGAAAACGUCAAAGGGGGAGAUGGUCCAGGAGCUUAAAGAGAAGGAUAAUCCAGGACAAAUUGAGAUUGACUGGGACAUAAUAGAUAGGAGGCUUUUGGAACUGGAUGGGAAUAUUGUUACUUCUUUAAAGUGUAAAAAAAGAAACAGUCUUGUAGAAUCUUUUCUUGGAUUUUUAAAAGCAUCCCCUGGGUCUCCAACUUUAUUGUCAUGCACUCCAAAUGAUAUCCGGAGGUUUUUAGUUUGGAAAGAUCUAAAGGGAAAGACUACAAUCCAUAAGAUAGAUUGUGAAAAGUUAGGUUUGAAAGGUGAUUUUGAUUGUGGUUGUCCUAAGAGACUUGCUUCAGGAACAGUAGAAAAUUUAAUUCACCAGUUGAAUAACAUUUUUUAUGAAUUUGGGCGUGGAAAGAUAUGGGAUGUAUUGCUUUCAAAGGGAAACCCGGCAGCUUCACCUAUGGUGAAAGAAUACCUCAAGUUAAUUAGGGAGGAGCAAGCAAAAGCACACGUAUUACCAAAACAAGCAAAACCAAUUUUCUUAUCAAAAGUUAAGGCAAUAGCUUUAUUUAUAAAUAGAGAAUUAGAUAGAUGUGAUUUGACUCUCAAAGAAAAAUUUGUUUUGAUUCGAGAUCAAGCAUGGAUAAAAGUUCAGUUCUUUGCAGGUGACAGGGCUGGUGAUUUGUCCAAUGUAGUUUCUCAGGAGGUCAAGAUUCUAGAGGAUGGUUCUGGUUUGGUAUUCCAGCAUACAUUUGGUAAAACAUUGAGGGGUGAAAAGGGAAAGAACAAUUCUUUUGUAAUAAAAAGGUGUGAAGACAUAGUGGUAUGUCCGGUCAAAGGUUUGUUAGAUUAUUUUAUAUUAGCCAAAAAAUUGAAGGUGGAUCUUUCAAAGGGAUAUUUGUUUAGAAUUGUGUCAGAGAAUGGAAGGGUUUUAGAUAAAAAUGUUAGUUACUCUGUAGUUUAUGAAAGACUGUUAUAUUAUCUUUCAACUUUAGGUAUUUACGAGGGCGAAACACCUCAUAGUUUCAGAGCUGGUUGUGCAAUUACAAUGGCUUUGUCAGGAUCUGCUGAAAAUGUAGAUCAGGUGAUGAGACACAUUGGUUGGUUUGGCAAGUCAAGCGCAGAGUAUUAUAGUAGAAUGCAUACAAUGAUCGAUUCAGGUGUUGUUGCUACAAAGUUAGCAGAAUCUGUAUUUCAGGGAAAUGGGAUUGAAUCCCAGUAUAAAGGAAAGGCAGAUUAUGAUUCUUUGAGUAAAGCCUUUCAGUGAAGAAUGGAACAUUUAAUGAUAAUGUAUGUGAGUGUGAUUAAUGCUGAUAGAGGAUGUUAUUUGUCUUCCUUUGUUACCAUAUUUGAAGGACAUAAUCAUAUAUGAAACUAAGAUUAUGUUUAUUUAAAGAGCAUAUUUGAAACAUAAAUGAACAUUGGGAAAUUAUAUGUUGUGCUUUAUCAUAUACAUAUUUUAUUUUAUUAGAUGAUUUAUUAUAUUUCAUCUAUGUUGAUGUGGUGAUAAAAAUUAAAAUUUGUUAUGUUCAUAAAAAUGUUUGUUUUCUUUUGAGUAUUGGGAGAAGGUUAUUAUUUUCUUUAGGCUACUGAACUGAAGGGGCAUGUAUGAUUGAUGAACUGCAAAGGUUUUAUGCCCAAAACUUAAACAUGAUCUGAAUGCGGGAGGGUAUUAAACACUGAGGAUAGGGUAAGAGCCUCAUUGGUUAAUACCCAAGCGGAAGUACAUGUGACAUAUAAUUCAUUCUUUAGACAUCCAUGCCUGGUUUGUAGAUAUGUAUACAGAGGAUGGAGUGAGGAAUUUUAUAAGGAUUA